GUCCAAAAUUGUCAGUUGUAAUUUGUCACUACAAGUUUCGCUUUGCUAUUGAUUUUUAUUUGUGAAUUAUUACUGUGUUAUUCGUUUUUAUUCUAGACUAGAGUGCUGUUGUGUAUCGUUUUUAGUUCGAGACACGUUUUUGCUUUCGAGUAUCCACGUUACCAAGUUUAGCGAUGGCGGCUGGUUCCUGGUGUAACUAUGGAGCAGCGAGCGACCCUGUCUCCCUCCACGCCCAGUAGCCGAGGAAUGGACAAAUACGAGCAGUUAUCAGUUGUAGGCGAGGGUUCCUACGGAGUGGUGCUGAAAUGCCGUCGUCGCGACAACGGGCAGUUGGUCGCGAUCAAGAAGUUUCUAGAGACAGAAGACGAUGCCGCCGUAAGGAAGAUGGCGCUCAGAGAGAUACGAAUGUUGAAGAAACUUCGUCAUGACCACUUGGUGAACAUGAUAGACGUGUUCCGUCGAAAGAGACGUUUCUACCUGGUGUUCGAGUACCUGGACCACACCCUUCUUGACGAGCUGGAGUCCACACCAGGGGGACUGGGGGAAGAUACUGCGAAGAAACACCUGUACCAGCUGUUGAAGGGCAUUGAGUAUUGCCAUCAGAAUUCUAUUAUCCAUCGGGAUGUGAAGCCGGAGAACGUGUUGGUAUCAAACACUGGCAUAGUGAAACUGUGCGACCUCGGGUUUGCGAGAGCCCUGGCGGCCCCCGGGGAGCCCUACACGGAGUACGUGGCGACGAGAUGGUACAGAGCUCCGGAGUUACUGGUUGCAGAACAUAGAUACGGUCCGGAGGUAGACAUCUGGGCCAUUGGGUGUCUGUUCUCAGAGAUGCUGACUGGUGACCCAUUGUUCCCCGGAGACUCUGACAUAGACCAGCUCGCACUCAUUAUUAAGACUGUCGGUAAGUUGGCUCCUCGGCACCAACAAGUGGUGUCUCGCCUGUCGGGGGGCGCAGCCCUGGGCGCGGCGGGCGGCACCCCGGCGCGGGUCAACAACCUGCCCGGCGCCGGCGCGGGCCGGGAGCUGCUGGCCGCCUGCCUAAGAACAGAGCCCAGGGCGCGCCCGUCUGCUUCGGCCUUGUUGAGGCAUAAAUAUUUCAUAGCCGAUGGUUUCGUGGAAAAUUUCAACGCGGAGCUCAGGAAGAAAUUGGGGAAAGAAAUUGAAACGCCGCCUCAGCAGCCGAGCACAGCGCGGGUUGCAGGGAAACCCAGGCAGCAGUGGACUUUGAGCAUUAUACCUGACCACAGUAGAUCAAGAACAGACAGCAUACCAGGAGAAUCUCUCAUAGAUUAUAAUUAUACACCAGUUUCAGAGGGACAGGGUGAGACAAGUCCCGCGGAGAAGAAAACGCCACAGCCGAGCCCCACCGCUGUCACCACUCGGGAGAACAGCGAAGUGGUGGCAGCCCUGCCUCCGCCGGCUAAGCCAGCUCCCCCCAAAUCACUGGCGAGGGCUAUCAAUGAAACAUUUCAGACUUUUCCCGUACCCGUCAAUACAUACCCAAAGACACCGUAUAUUAAAAAAGUGAACAAUAAACUGGUGAUGGAUGAAGACUUGGUCCGGGGCCGAGCAGUGCCAAAGAAGAACGGCAAGAAGAUGCCACCAGAAUUGUCGCUGCCCUAUGUGCCUGGCGCCAGCAACAGUCCACUGAAAAAGGCAAAGAAACCACCACCUUAUAAUCCCACCGCAAAGUCUUAUGAUAACUGGGAGUCCACAAACCACCAAGCGGAUUUGGCGGCUCACCUGAAAACCCCCACUAACCUGCCGUACAUGUGACUGUACGGACACGGCUUCUGGAGAGCCGCCUACUACUGAAGACUGCAUUCGAAUCUGUUUUAUAUGUGAACAUUGUUUGGUCAUUGUAAAUAUUUAUAUUGUGGCCAAUUGCCAUGGACGUAAUAUAAGGGCCGGAAUUUUGACUAUAAUAUUUGGAUCAGCGUAUAUAUGAACUUUUUUGAUAAAACUGACGAAGUUUUUCUACAAGUACGUCAUCCAUCUUGGGUGCUUGUAAAUGUUUUACCGGGUAACCAAAUUUACAAUUGAAUUUUGAGUCCAGUGAAGUCUGUGUGAAAAAUUUGUCGAAUUGUUGGAGCAAUCUAGUGCUCCUGUUUCUAAUUUAUUUUAAUUUUUUUUAUACGUCCGUGGCUUGGAAUACAAACCGUUUUGCGAAUUUCACGAAUCUUUAUAUAUGAUGUUGUAAGCCUUAUCAGUUACCAAAGUUUUUGUAAUGAAAUUUUAAGUACCUGUACGCAUAUGUAUCUAUUUAUUAAAUAAUUUAGAUAUUAGAA